CGCGUCAAUCAUAUUCAUAUUUCUCUUCUUCUCCACAAAUGAACCAAAAACGAUUGAUGGGUAUUCCUCAACCAUUUUUGUUCAUUCGAAGUCACAACAAUUUGCCUAAGAUAUUUUCAAAUUUUCGAUUGGUGGGUGUGCCAAUUCACUCUAAGCUCACUCUCUUCCAAAAGAUGUAGCCUUUCUCACAUAGUUUUCACCCAACUUUUCCACAUAUUACCUCCCCCAGUUUUUUCAUUUUGUAAAUUUCCACGGCAAUUUCUGAGAAAUUUUGGUUCCUCUGAUCACUUUUCGUACUGGGCUCCCUCAAAGAUUGAAGCUUUACGGAAAAAGGUUGAAGCUUUGGAAGGUUGAGGUGCCACAUGGGAUUGGGACUGACGAUUUUGAAGAGGAGAUGGAGUCGGAGUCGGGUUUACUAGAGCAAUCAAUCAAUAGUCGUUACUCGCUUUGGGUCCAAGAAGCUCUGAACGAAUUGCCGGACAGUUUUACGGUGACUGAUCCUUAUAUUUCCGGCCAACCCAUCGUUUUUGCGAGCAAAGGGUUCCUGAAAAUGAUGGGGUACUCGAAAACCGAGGUGAUUGGGAGGAAUGGGAGGAUAUUUCAAGGGCCAGGUACUUGUAGAAGGUCGGUUAUGGAAAUAAGGGAGGCCAUUAGAGAAGAGAGAGGUAUUCAGAUUAAUUUGGUGAAUUAUAGGAGGGAUGGGACACCCUUCUGGAUGCUGUUUCAUAUGUGCCCUGUGUUUAGCAAAGAGGAUGGGAGGGUGAUUCAUUUUGUGGCAGUUCAAGUUCCCAUUUUGCGAAAACCGAGGAGGAGGAAUGGGGUUGGUUUGGUGUAUGAGGAGGAGAGUAGGGUGAAUGAGAGUGUUUAUGGGUCUUGUAGAAGAGAAGUGUGCUCUGAUUCUUUGGUGGAUUUGGGCAGUGCUUUGUCUCUGGAGUGUGCAUUGGAUGAUGCUGAUAAUAGAGGACUGGAGAUUGAAGAGACGUGUGAGGCAAGUGAAUUAGAGAAGCAAAGAGCUGCGUCUUCCAUGAAUAACAUCUUGUCUGUGCUAACACAUUAUAGCGAGUUAACAGGCAGACUGGUGUGUGGAAAGAGAUGCAACUUAACUGGGGUGGGCCUUCUCAGUUCAUCCUUAAAUAUUUCUCUUGGUAGAAUCAAACAAAGCUUUGUAUUAACAGAUCCGCACUUACCUGACAUGCCUAUAGUUUACGCAAGUGAGGCCUUCUUCAAAUUGACAGGUUAUGCCAGACACGAAGUCAUGGGACGCAAUUGUAGAUUUCUAAGUGGCGAGGAUACGGAUUCCUCAGCGACAUAUCGGAUAAAGGAAAGCGUUCAGAAUGAAAAAGCAUGCACAGUACGUAUCUUGAAUUACAGGAAGGAUAAGAGUUCAUUUUGGAAUCUUCUUCAUGUAUCACCAAUUCGUAAUGCUUCUGGCAAGAUUGCGUACUUUGUGGGUGUUCAGAUGGAAGAAGCCUGUAAGAACCAGGAUGGGCAUGGGCUAAGCCCUGAGAUGAGGCAGCUUAGCGCCGUUGGAGCCGUCAGGAUUGCAGUGAGGAGUUUAUCAAUGGGUGCCGGCACAUCCAAGUCUUGACAGGAUUGCAGUGAGAAGUUUAUCAAUGGGUACUGGCAGAUCCAAGUAUUGAGAAGAUAAGCGUAUAAAUUCUCACAUUUGUAAUCCUCAUCUGGCAGUAGUUGAAAGGGGAGAAGCAGAAAUUUUUGUGUUCGGUGUGCUGCAUCAGAUCUUUGUUACACUAACAUUGUUUAUAUAUAUAUAUAUAUAUGAAAAGGGGAAUUUCCUUGGUUCA